GAAGAGCGGCAUCUCGCGCGCGUAGGAUCGCAGACGGCUUUGCCGUUGGCGUCCUCCCGAUCGUCCACUUGUUGCAUGCGCCUUGCGUUCUGUGCGCGCAAUCUACCGCCUCCAUACCAGUUCUGCUUCCUCUGGUUUAUCAGCAACGCCCGAAUGCCUCAACAAGAACUUCCUCUCGGAGAAUAAUCAAAUUCGCGUCGGAAUCAAACCGCGGUCGUCUCUCUACGAUUCAACUAUACACCCUAAAAGUCAUGGCGUACUCUCCGGCCCCAACCCCGACCGUGGUGGUGGUGCCUCAACAGUCGCUGACAGCCACGCCGAUGCAGAUGCGCUGUCCGCACUGUGGCCAUGAGAUCAUGACGCACACAAAGAAGACCGUUGGCCUGUGCACCUACAUCAUGGUCGGAGUGUGCUGCUUCUUCUGUUUACCCUGCUUCUGGGUGCCGUUCGUGGUGGACGCCUGGAAGGACACGACCCACAGCUGCCCCAACUGUAACAUUACGCUGGGAGAACGCCGGAUGGUGUGAACGCAGCGGGCCGCCGCCGACUGCGUAGGCAGGAAACGGCGCCGAGACUCGCGAGGCUUCUGUUGCACGUUCGUGACGACGACGACAACCGUCACGUGCGGCGGAAGCGGCGGCGACGACGGCGUGUCUGUGCGCUAGCCUCGCGCGAGUUGAUUCAUCAUGUCCACGUGCGAGCGGCCCGCCCAUAGUGGACUCUUGCGUUUUGCGCGCACGUGCAAGGGCAUGUUCGCACUGCCGUAUUCGUCUCAGUCACACACACACAAAUACAUCGAGGAACGUAUGAGAAUUCUUGAACACGGGCCGUUCACGAAUUCUCAUCUCUUCCAAGUUUCCACCUUCACCUC